GGCCGGCGACCGAUACGUGCUCUACACAGAGCUGCAGCUCUUGACAUGUUCGGAUCGCCAUCGAAACUUUCCCCUCUGUGGAAAGGCAAAGCACGGGCCACAGAAUCAGACUACGACGACCUUAACCCCGUUAUCACGUACAGACAUCUGCAUUCCAACAACCUCGGUGUUAGAGACCCCUUGCGUGUCAUAGCACUCUGCGACAGCGACGCGUUUUACGCCGCUUGCGAGCAGCUGCGCUUAACCAUCGAUCCCGAGAAACCUUUGGUCGUGCAGCAAUGGCAAGCGUUGAUUGCAGUGAACUAUCCUGCGCGCAAGUAUGGGAUCUCUAGGAUGGACAACAUCAAGGAUGCCAAAAAGCGAUGUCCGCAUCUUGAAGUUGUACAUGUUGCAACAUACAAAGAGGGGGAAGCAGAACCUGGAUACUGGGAAAAUCCUGAUACGCGUACACACAAGGUCUCACUAGAUUACUACCGCAAAGAAAGUUGGAAGAUAUACCACAUGUUCAAAGAGGGACUGCCUAUCGGUGAAGUUGAGAAAGCGUCCAUUGACGAGGCCUUCAUCGACUUUACCCGGCCCGUACGCGAAGAGAUCCUCAGUAGAUAUCCGUAUCUAGCAGAGGUGCCUCCCGACGCACCAUUUGGCAAGGAUACUCCUCUUCCGCCACCACCUCCGAUAUCCUGGGAUGGCCUUGGUACAGUAAUACCCGUCAACCCACCGCGCGAGGAGAAGAAAGAUACAAAUGACGAGGAAGGUAACGAGGACGCUAUUCACGAAGAUGCGGAUGAAGAAGGCGUCCAUGAAGAUGAUGCGUCUGCGACUUGGCACGACGUUGCACUUUCCAUUGCCGCAGAGCUCAUGGGCAAGAUACGGCACGAUGUUUACACUAAGCUAGGAUAUUCAACAUCCGCGGGUAUCUCUCGGAACAAGUUUCUAGCUAAGUUGACUGCGUCCUAUAAGAAGCCCAAUAAUCAAAGUAUACUACGCAACGCGGCUAUUCCAAAUUAUUUACGGCCAAUGCCUUUCCAGAAGAUUCGAUUUCUCGGAGGCAAGCUGGGAAAAGCGUUGGCCGAAGAGUACGAUGUCUCUACCGUUAGCGACCUCUUGACAGUGAACCUUGACGAGAUUCAGCGUAAAUUUGGAGAGGAGUCCAUUUGGGUGUGGGAGAUCCUUCGAGGCGUUGACCGAACCGAAGUGAAGGAGAAACCGCCUAUCACCAAGAGCAUGCUAGCGUCCAAGAAUCUGCCACAGCCUAUUGUUACAGCGUCGCAAGGACAUCACUGGAUACGAGUCCUCGCUGCUGAGCUGGCAUUACGUUUACGAGAAGCACGAGAAAGCAUACCUGCGCUUUGGCCAAAGUCGCUUGUACUGCAUGUACAACAAGGACAUGAAGCCUUUCGUUCUAAGCAAGCACCUUUCUCAUUCACGCGCGAGAUAACAGUAGACGUCAUCGCUACAGCUGGAGACAAACUGUGGAAAGAACUCGUCGGGACAGAUACUUCGAGGAAGGCACCCAUGAAGAUAACGCAUAUCCAACUAUCGUUUUCUGGGAUUGUGUCUACGGAGACAGGCCAACGCCGCAUCGAAGGAUUCUUUCAAAAGCCACAGAUCACCAAUCAGGAUAUCAAUCCAGAAGAUCAAGCUACGGCCAGCGAGAACUACCCGCAGAGCACCAGUAAACCUUUCAAGCGCAAGAGACCUGCUACGCCCUCGUACGUCUGUGACCGGUGUGGCCAAACCAUCUCACCAAGAUACGGUAACCAUGACGUUCCUGUCGCAGAAGACGAGAUGCAACAGGCAUUAGAGCGAUUUCGGCACGAACAUGACGAUUUUCACUUUGCUCAAGACUUGUCAAACGAGGUUCCUAAGGGGUCUCAGCAUCAAGCGCGCGACGAUACGUCCGUCCGACAACGCCAACCAACCUGCGAAGAGUAAGAAGCGCAAGCAGGAGUCAAAAGAUGAGGGCAAAACUGCGAAGGACUCGAAGGGCGGGAUCGCGAAAUUCUUCACGCAGCGAUAGGUGUAGUCAUAGAGCGAGCGAUUGUCGGAUAUGACGGACGCUAUGCACCCGGGGUCCCGCUGAUGCGAACGACCACUUUGCCACAACGACUUUAGUAGGCGUCUAUCGGCUUCAUGACGCGGUGCCUGGCUCAAACUUGGCUACUGGUUGGAAGCGCGUUGUUUCUCCAUACUUCGAGCAUGCGCCUAGGCUCAUACGUCGGGUUAGCUUGAAACACGAGAUCUGUGGAGUUCUCGGUGCAGCGGC